GGGUCGCGCUUGGGGGUAGUUGGUUCAUAGCUUCCGUAAGCACUGGACAUGCGAAUGUGAUUAGCGAAAAUCGAGUGGCGGUUCUUUCCCGGGAGAUCAUUACAAAAACUCCAGCCUGGAAUGCGUUUGGUUGAAGUGUUUCAGAAAUGAACAAUAAAGAUAAAUAGCAUAACAAAUGAAUGCAUUAGAAGAAAAGAAAUAAUACGACGAGCAAGAAAUAGAAUAAGAUUUCGAGGGAAAAUAUUGGCGAGGUGCGUUGCGUCAGCUUCGCGAAUUUCAGCCCCACCCCUGAAAACAAAUCGAAAUAAAGAAAUAUAACUUCUUAGUGCGGAGAGACUGAAUCAAGUUGGUCAUCAUGAAGUGGAAAUUUCCCAAAUUCACUAUAGUGCGGCUGUUUCUCUUCGUCAUCAUAAUGCCGACAUCCAUGGUCCUCAUCACGAUAGCCACACAGCACUCAGAUGCGCGAUAUUACAAAGUGACCCACGAGGUCUACUUCGACAUCGACGUCGACGGCAGUCCUUUGGGCACCAUGGUCUUCGGCCUCUUUGGAGAAACUGUGCCCAAGACCGUCAAGAACUUCGUUACGUUUGCUACCAAAGGCUACAACGGAUAUAAGUACGAAGGCACAAGGUUCCAUCGGGUCAUUAAGAAAUUCAUGAUACAAGGUGGUGACGUCAUAAGCGGAGACGGGAAAGGGACCAUCUCCAUCUACGGACCAUCAUUCGCUGAUGAGAACUUUGCAAUACAGCAUGCAAGAGCCGGAUUCCUCAGCAUGGCGAACAAAGGAAAGGACACCAACGGCUGCCAGUUCUUCAUUACAACCGUGGCAACGACAUGGCUGGAUGGUCACCACGUAGUCUUUGGGAAGAUCGUAGAGGGCGAGACGGUGCUGCACAAGAUCGAGUACAUGUCCACCGACUGGGACGACAAGCCGCUGAAGGACGUCAUCAUCAGCAAAAGCGGCAAGCGACCAGUGAAGGAGCCUUACUACAUCACCGACGAUCCCUACAACGUCUGGAGCUGGCUGAAAACGAUCAGCGUCCCGCUGGGAUUCUCCUUCGCCAUCAUCUCCGUAUUCAACUACUUCAUCGGGAAGCUAGACGACCACAUCUACGAUGACGACGACUCCGGCAUCCUAGAAGAGGACUUGGACGCGAAGAAGAAGAAGGAUCAGUUGUCGGCAGACAAGGAGGAGACGAAAGCGCUCCUUGAGGGCAAGGAAGACGCCACCAAAGACAAGGGAAGCGAGGAGAAGGCCGGAAAGGAUGGUGGAUCUGAAGUGAGGAAGCGAAAAUGAAGCGAGUGGAAGGCUGGAGAAUAGUUUCCAUCCAUUUCUUUUCCGUUAUUACCUUCCGCGUCUCACCUCUUGAUUUGCUGAGUAGACGAGGAUGCUUAUCCACUUGCUUAUGAUGUUAUUAAGGGUUAAGUAUUAAAACUAAGGCUCUUUA